UUAAAAUUUACACGAUUUAUUUUAUGGGUACAGGAACAAGUGAAAGAAUUCCUCGUGUGAGCUGCUUGACUAAUCCUCUGAAGACAUGCGAGGUUUGCUCAAAAGCUGCAGAACCAGGUAAUAAAAAUAGGAGACUUAACACAAGCAUCCUCAUUCGAUAUGCCACAACAUCUGGGAAAAGCAACAUCCUUAUAGAUGCAGGAAAAUUCUUCUACCACAGUGCUCUUCGAUGGUUUCUAGCCUAUGGGUUAGUUAUUAUCUUGUUUAGUGAUUAUUUAUUAUUUCAUUUUAAUUUAGUAGUGUAAUUUUCUGUUGGUCACAUUGGCUAUCUGAGGGUCACAAUAUAUGUAUAUGUAGUGGUUACAUUUAUGAAAUGUCAAAUUCGCAUUGUGCAAAUAGCAAAACUAUCAUUGACUGUCCUUUU